AUGAGGAGAGAGUUCAGGGCAGUAGAACAUGUGCUCUACGGUACUACCAGCGACUCGGAUAGUGACGGUGAAGGCGAUACGAACGACGAGAAUUCCGAAGAUGAGGACCAAGACGAUGAGAGCCCUGAAGAUGCCGGAUCUGAAGUGGACUCAGAAAAAGACGAUUCUGAUGUAGCCCAGUCUGCAAGUUCGACUGAUACCCACACAGACAUUUCAACGCGCAUCGACGAAGCGAAGGAUAACACUGUGGCUGAGAAAACCCCAGACAUGCCUUCACCCAAGACCAAAACGAAGCCGUCUGCACGAACUACGCGUUUCAGCCAACGGCUCAAAGAUCUCGACGCUCUCAGAGCACGAGAAAAAGAGAACAUGCAUCACAGCCCAAGGCGAGAGAAAGGCAAAGAGUUCAAAGGAGGACCUGUCGACCCAGAGCAAGCGCAUCUAGACAUCGGUGAAAGAGAGCUAGCUGAUCAUGACGAAGAAGUCGUACUAGCCGAACUGGAGAGUAAUGUACGAGGCGCGGCCUAG